AUGAACAUCUCUAACAAAACACUCGCUAGAUACGAACUGGAAGCUCUAUCUCUUGGACUAAAGUUUGACACCGGCAAGAACACUAACACAUACGCUGAUUACGUUCUCAAAAACUACACAUGGACGAACAGCGACGUGGAAAAAGGAUUCAUCCAAGGUGUUUUAGCGUGCUAUUCCUCUCUAGCCAGUGAACAACCCAGUGCCAUACCUAAGCGAUACCGGGAAGCUUUAAACAACCUACGCAAGGAUGAUAGCGUCAUGAUCACCAAAUCGGACAAAGGAGGGGGUGUGGUUAUAAUGAACAAAGCCGAUUACAGUGCGAAGAUGAUGAACCUCCUAAGUGAUACAUCAACCUAUGAGAAGAAAUACCAAGGAUACAACAAUAUUACGUCCAAGAACUUCAACAAGGAGGCAAGGAAAAUACUUAGGAAAUCCGAGAAGGGCAAGAAACUGCUGCACUUGUUGGAAGAAAACCCGAACCCGCCAAGGAUGAGAGGGCUCCCCAAGACCCAUAAACCCAACAUCCCGAUGCGCCCCAUUACAUCAGGUAUAGGAAGUGCUCCCCACGCACUUGCCAAGCGACUAGCAAGACCAUUCUCCAACGCUUUAGGCUCAAUAAAUGGAGCACACCUACGUAACUCCGCGGACCUUAUACAACGACUCAACUCGGUGAACUUCCGCAACAAGAAGAUGGCGAGCUUCGACGUAAAGUCCUUAUUCACCAACGUCCCCGUGGAAGGAGCGAUAGAAGCGGUAAAAAGGGCAUCUGGAGACAUCAACGAAGAAAAUUUACCGAUCCCGAGGGAGGACUACAUCAAUCUUGUUGAGCUUUGUGUUAAAUUUGGUGCCUUCACUUUCGAGGGACAAGAGUACUCACAACAUAAGGGACUGGCCAUGGGAUCCCCUCUUAGUGCUGUUAUGGCAUGUUUGUAUAUGGAAACACUAGAGACUGAUAAAUUUAUAAGAAUAAUGGGUACAGGCUCAACAUGGCUUAGGAUCCCUAAUAUCUCUCUCUGUUCAGACUUCAUUAUAUCGUGGUGCAGGCGCUCUCCUUUUUCCUCUAAAUAUGCUUCCAUAUUCAUUCUCCUUGAAGUUGUCGAGGUGAGGAUAUAG